AUGAAGGCUUGCUUCGCUGCUCUCAUUGCUGCUGUUGGAGUGGCUGCGGGUGGCGGCGACGGCGGAGCAAACGAGGAUGGAAGAUAUUCAACUUGGGUCGAAAGCUCUGCACAGUACGAAUACAGCACUAAAGUCUGGCAGAAGCCUUACACUACGACUGCCAUCUGGAGCCAUCCUGCCGAAACAUCAGUCUACACAAGCACGUCCAUAUCGAUCGUGGACAGUAUAGAAUCCAUCACAGUUCCCGUCCCUUACACAACUACGCUGCCCGCGGUCGUUAGUACCUCUAUAUCGAUUGACACCAGUCCGACCACUGAGGUCAUCACAUCGACAAGCUACAUUUACUCGACUUAUACGUCGCUGGUAACUGUCACCGAAGUUACUAUGUCAGCCACAACCAAAACAGAGUUGUCCAGAAUCACGUUGCCAACUACAGUGGUGGACACUUCCGUCCAGUCAAUCAUCGUUGACAAUACCGUCCUCCACUACACCACAAUUGUCGACCAGGAGACUAUCAUAAACACCAUCACGUUUCCUGCUCCCCCGCCUGUUACGGUACCAAUUCCUACCACAAUACCGACCACCAUCACCGCCACUCCUACUUCGGCUCUCUGCCCUCUCGGUGGACCAUCGACUGCUAAUUCUCUUGGCUGUGGUGGCCGGGGUUGCACUGUUGAAUUUCAGCAAGAAGCUCUCGUCCACUGGAGCGAAUACCCAGAUUCGGAACCUCUGGUGACAGUGCUGUCUUUCGUGGACGAAUCUGCUUCGGCGACGUGUAUUACAACGAAAUGCAAUACGGAAGUCUUCAACCAGCACUAUCGUCAGACAGCAACAAAUUGCGCAUAUCCGCCUUGUCCGACUAACACCAUAGACUGCAACUGCAACAUUGUUGUAGGCCCCAUUGUCCUGCCUGGUGGCUCAACAACAUCAGUCACGCAGAUUGGACCCUCUGGGUGGAAUCUGAUACUGGGUACCGUACCCACUGGCAGGAACAUCGGGUUCUGUCUUCCCGACGGCGGCUCAUGUGUUACGGCAACAUCAGCAACACUAUCCACUCCGCUUGUUUACACCGGAGAGGUUAGCAGCACAGUUUACAAUAAUGCCAGUGCACCUCAGUCGACCGCGUGGUAUCUGCCUGAGCUUGGCGAAUACUUCCCUCCUGACAGCCCCUUUGGAGCUUGCACGACAGCUCUUCUGAGAGACAAUGAUGUAGUUGCGAAGCAUCACAAACGCCAAAUCGCUGCGUCAAACAAGCUAGUCUGGUCCGCCGUUCCCAGCAACGCUAGAACGAAGAGGCUAAAUGUGACGCAAGAAGCAGUGACAGAAAGAACCACUCCAGCCUCCACGUCGGCAUCGACUACACCGACUUCGCAGCCUUCUACCCCAGUCACUACGCCUUCAUCGAGCACGUCGCCUUCGACCGAGCCCACGUCUACAGCUAGUGCUGCUACCAGCGGGGAGACUAGCAGCUCGAUACCAAUUGGGACAUCUACCGAAUCACCAUCGUCCCACAGUAGUCAUUCAGGAACCGUAUACAUUACCGAGACGGUUUACUACAGCAUGAUCCUGUCUCCAGGUCAGCAAUCAGUACUGGAUGCCUACGCUGCUAGUGAAGAGGGUCUUUCGACUGCCUCAGCCGAGUCUUCACCAUCUGCCACAAGCUCUUCACCUCAGCAGCAAACCGACAAUGCCGCGACCUCGCCUCAGGAACCUGGUUACUGGCUGACUCUGGCAUUGAUGCUCUUCGGUUUGCUGUAG